CGCGUGCGGUGCACGCCUUGAUUAAAAUGAAAACAGAUCAGCAAUUCAUUAGUGCACCAUCUGACGUGUUGAAAGCAGUCAAUAUGAGAAUUCUGUUCACAAGUUUAAUCUUUGUCUUCAUAGAUCAUGCCUUCUGUAAAUUAUGUAACGCCAAAUAUUUUGAUGUUGUGGGGAGGGUUGUUUUCGGAGAAGCCAGAGGAGAACCGAUGGAAGCUAAACUCGGGGUCGCUUACACCAUCAUCAACCGAAUACGUCACGAAGCGUAUCCUAGCAACUUGUAUUCAGUGAUCUUUGAGAGAAUGUCAAAUGGAAACUACCAAUAUGAGACUUUGAAUAGUCCUAACGACACGAUCGAAUGGCAGGAAGCUAAAAUUCAGCAAGAUCCGGAAUACUCCGAUGUUUUCCAAGCGACCGUGGACGCUCUAUGUCGCUGGAAGAACGAUCCGACGGAGUGUGCAACUAAUUUCUGCUCCGUUGAUCCGUGCCCAGCUACAGAUUCUAACCCAUGGUGGCUAGCUGUAAAGAAAAGGAAACUCGGGGGUCUGUACUUUGUGUGUAGGGUGAGUGCGACUGCGCAAUCGGAUCGCCGAUCACGUGGACGAGAUUGGAAAUGAUGCAAAAUCCUACCAUCAGGAUGUUUCCCAAACAAGCAAAACAUUGUAGAACUUAUAGGAGGUUUUAGGUUUUUAGUAACUUCUAAUGCACAGUAUAACCCUAUGAAUUGCUUGGUUUUUGAAAUACUUUAUAGAAUAGUCACAGAAGAUGUGCAUGGUGCAUAGCCGUUAUAUUCAAAUAAAAGGUAUUGGAAUA